CGACAUCGAUAGCAGCAGUCCGUAACCAACGCUUCGGCAUUCAUCGGCGGCCAUCGACCCACAGAACCUGAGCUUGGACCCACCGAUCCCGGAAAUCAUUGGCGUCCCAACAACCAACGUCUUUCUCUCCCACCAUUGCUCCAUCAAUAGCCUGAGGUACCAUGAACAUGGCGGUUGGUCUCAUCAAGAAGUCCGUGUCGACGAGCGAACCUGUGGCGUUCGCCUGCCGCGGCACUGUCGACACCAACCGGUUUGACGACCUCGUACUGGCAUUGAAGGAGGCCUUGGGACCCAGCUCGGGCCUCACUUCGGACGAUGUCGAUGUCGGCCACCUCACCCGAUUGAUGCGGGAGUAUGACUCGGAUCCGAGAGAAUGGUCCAAGUUCGCCAUGGGCGAUGAGAGCCGUGGAUACACGAGGAACUUGGUCGACGAAGGAAACGGCAAGAGCAACCUGCUCGUCCUCGUCUGGACUCCUGGCAAGGGGAGCCCAAUCCACGACCACGGAAAUGCGCAUUGUCUGAUGAAGAUUUUGCGUGGAAAUCUGACGGAAACCAGAUAUGAAUUCCCCAAGGGGGAUGAAGAGAAGCCGAUGCGCGUCAUCUCAGAACGGGUUCAUAAGGAGAAUGAGGUGGCAUACAUGGCAGACGAGCUGGGCGUGCACCGGGUUACGAACCAGGGCAGCGACUUCGCUGUCUCCCUGCACUUGUACACCCCGCCAAACGUUGCCAGAGGGGGGUGCCAUAUCUUCGAUCCCGAGACAGGCAAGAAGAGCCAUAUCAAGAACUGCGGGUACUACUCCACAUAUGGGAAGAAGUCGUGAUGAGAGAGGCGAGACGGUGUGUGGUCUCGGAGGUUUGACAAGAGAAAAACGGGAAGCAGGCGACUUCGCCAGCGGAGUCUGGGUUAUU